AUGCUCUUAGGAUUGGAGUAUCUGAACUUGUCAAAAACUAGUCUUGUUGGUCACAUUCCUGACGAAAUAUCGCAAUUUGAAAUCAGACCUGAGAUCCUUCAAACGUAUUUCUACGGAUCGGUUAACAGUUGUCCAAUCGCUGCGAAUCCGGGUCUUUUCAAAAGAAGAAGAGACACUAACCACAGGGGAAUGAAGCUAGCUCUUGCAUUAACCCUCUCCAUGAUAUUAGCACUGGCCGGUGUUUUGUUUCUGGCAUUCGGUUGCAGAAGGAAACAGAAAAUGUGGGAAGUGAAACAAGGUUCAUACAGAGAAGAACAGAAUGUUUCCGGUCCAUUUUCCUUCCAAACUGAUUCAACAACUUGGGUUGCUGAUGUCAAACAAGCAACAUCAGUUCCAGUAGUAAUCUUCGAGAAGCCGUUGUUGAAUAUAACUUUUGCAGACCUCUUAUCUGCAACUUCGAAUUUCGAUAGAGGUACCCUUUUGGCUGAAGGAAAGUUUGGACCUGUUUAUAGAGGCUUUCUACCGGGAAAUAUUCAUGUAGCAGUAAAAGUUUUGGCUGUUGGUUCUACAUUAACAGACGAAGAAGCCGCAAGAGAGCUUGAGUUUCUCGGUAGAAUCAAGCACCCUAAUCUAGUUCCUCUAACCGGUUAUUGUUUAGCUGGUGAUCAAAGGAUUGCUAUAUAUGAUUACAUGGAGAAUGGAAACUUGCAAAAUCUGCUUUAUGAUUUGCCACUUGGGGUUCAAAGCACUGAUGAUUGGAGCACAGACACAUGGGAAGAAGCUGCUGACACUAAUGGAAUUCAGAACGUUGGUUCUGAAGGACUACUCACAACUUGGAGAUUUCGACACAAAAUCGCACUUGGAACUGCAAGAGCAUUGGCAUUUCUGCAUCAUGGAUGUUCCCCUCCAAUAACUCAUAGAGCUGUUAAAGCUAGCAGCGUUUAUUUGGAUUAUGAUUUGGAGCCAAGGUUGUCUGAUUUUGGUCUUGCCAAGAUUUUCGGAAGUGGUUUGGACGAAGAGAUUGCUCGUGGUUCGCCUGGUUAUGUUCCGCCUGAGUUUUCUCUACCAGAAUUUGAGUCACCAACGCCGAAAUCUGAUGUAUAUUGUUUCGGUGUUGUUCUGUUUGAGCUAUUAACUGGAAAGAAACCGGUUGAAGAUGAUUACAGUGAUGAUAAAGAAGCAACGAGUUUGGUAAGUUGGGCUAGAGGACUUGUAAGAAAGAAUCAAACUUCAAGAGCUAUUGAUCCGAAAAUUCGCGAUACGGGAUUGGAUGAACAAAUGGAGGAGGCUAUAAAGAUUGGAUAUCUAUGCACAGCUGAUUUACCUUUCAAGAGACCAACCAUGCAGCAGAUAGUUGGACUUCUAAAGGAUAUUGAACCUACAACUAACUAG